CGACUAUUAGUUCAAUUUCUUUCUAUUUCCGAUUCGUUAUCGUUCGUAGACCGUCUCACGUUCACGCGGCGAGUUUUCGGCAUCGGCAUAGUUUUCGAGACUCGUUCCCCGUUAUUCAACCUCCUUGUUACAAGUCGAUCGUUUAGAACCGCUUAGCCAAAUUCCUUUCUUCUCCUUCGUUGUCGUCGUUGUCGUCGUCGUCGUCGUCGUCGUCGUAGUAGUCGUUAUGACUUUCGCGUUCGAAUCCAAAUAAUUUUUUUUCUCUACAGCGAGACGCGACGGUCGCGAUACCAAGAGCUCGCGGUAGCGUCGUUCGCGACCGUAACCGAACUGUUCCUUUCUCGAUGAUCGUUUCUGCGAUGGUACGCGCGUUCAACACGCGUGUCUACGUACUUUAGCCGUCGAAAAUCGAUCGCCGUACGUACCGUGAUGAAACGUACUAAACGAUCGAAGACGGGGAAUUUUUCAUCGGUGAUCGCUGGAACGGAAAUGGAAUUCGUAAUCGGAAGCGGAUGGAUCCCGGUACGAGUGCUGAUAUGUCUGAUGAUGUUCACGGCCUGCUGGACCAACUACAUGUGCAGGCUGCAAAUGCCGAUUUUGGCCGUGCCGAUGAUCAAGGCCCUGCCGGGGAAUGAGUCGAUGGGCGCGUGCCGGAUGGAGGAGUCUCGAUUCCGUCGCGCGAUCUUCUGGUUGGACCCAGGUGCCUAUUUGGAGGAGCAAAUCCUGUCUGAGAGAAUAGCUAAAGAAGCCGAGCAGGAGCAGGACCGGGACGAAGGCAUCGGAUCGCUGCCGAGCGUCGAGCGCUCGAGCUCUCGCGUCCGCAGGCAGAGCGGCGGCAGCGACGGUGAACAAGAGACUCGCCCCCCGGACGGUCCGAUCGAGUUGUUCAACGGGAAACCGUUCGAUUGGAGACCGGAAAUUCGGGGCCAAUUGAUCGCCGCGUACAGCUACGGAAACGUUCCCGGCAACCUGCUGGGUGGUAUGAUGGCCGUCAAGUGGGGCCCGAAGAACGCGAUUCUCUGGACGUCGAUCGUGGCCGCUCUGGUGUCGCUGGUCAGCCCGAUCUUCGCACAGCUUCACUGGAGCGUUCUUUUGAUCUCGAGGAUAAUCAUCGGCUUGACCGGUGGUAUAACCUUCCCUGCUUGUCACUCUAUGGUAGCGCAAUGGGCUCCGCCUGACGAGAGAGCCCGCUUCAUCUGGUCGCUGCUCGGCGGCACGUUCGGCACAAUUCUAACUUAUCCGAUGGUCGCCGCUAUCGCGCAGAACCUCAACUGGGAGAGCGGAUGGUACAUCCCGUCGUUGCUGAUGCUCGUCUGGAUCUUCUUCUGGACCAUACUCGCCUACGACAAUCCGGUCGAACAUCCCGGUAUAUCCGACGAAGAGAAACAGUACAUUCUAUCGGCGCAAGCGGACACGGUGAGACGCGAGAAACCCACGCUGAAGGACACGCCGUUCAAGGAAAUAUUCACUUCGAUCCCGUUCAUUAGUCUGGUCUUGUGCCACUUUGGCAACAUAUUCCUCCUGUUCUUCUACCAGAACUCGAUGAUGCUCUACCUGACCAAAGCAUUGGGAUUCGAAUUGACCAAAGGCGGGAUGGCCGCCAGUUUACCGUGGGCCAGCAGGAUGAUCUUCGGAUUCUUCUUCAGUUGGGCCGGCGACACGAUCAAGAGGAAAGAGAUAGUCUCCCUCACCAUCCUUCGCAAGGGCGCGACGGUGUUUUCUCAUCUUUUGCCCGGCAUCUUCCUCAUCUUGGUCGGUUACGUCGGCUGCAGGUUGGUCCUCGCGAACGUGUUUCUGGUGCUCGCUCUGGGAUUCAACGGAGCAGCGAGCAUCUCCAAUUUGUCCAACAAUCAAGACCUAUCGCCGAAUUUUGCUGGAUUUCUUUACGGCAUAAUGAACACGGUCGGUUGCACGUCCGGCAUGAUCAUCUCCCCACUGGUCGAAGAGAUAGCCGGUAAACACGGAAAUCCGAUCGACAGAUGGCAAAUACUGUUCUGGAUCGGUGCGGCCGUCUGCAUAUUCUGCAUGAUCGUCUUUCUACUCGGCGGGAGCGGAAACAUUCAGAGUUGGAACGAGAUCAGACAAGGAAGGGACGCGGAACGCGCAAGGAAUUGACGGUGGUUGCGGUGGUGGUUUCUCCCGGUUCCAGAGAAAAGAAAACCAAAAAAGAUGUUGACAUUAUUUUUAAACCGUUGAAACGACGUUGCGAGGAUACGAAGUCAACGAUGUAGAUUGUAGACGAUGAAAAAUUACGAGUAGCGUACCGAACGUGAUUUACCGCGAUUCAUUCAACCGCGCGAUGUGGGACGAGUUCGACGUACACAUCGAAAAAUUAUAGUACCAACACUAAUAAGAUGUUUUUAAUGUCUAGAACGACGAUAUCGUAGAGAUUGGAUCGAAAUCGAAUUCUAUAUUUUAUACAAGCCUGUUUAGAACACGCGCGCGCGUGCGUAACUGUCUGUUUCGUUUUAUUAAAAAUAAAC